GAACCGUUUUCUGUGAGACUCUUUUUUGCAGCAUGCAGAGACCUCACAAAGCAUUUGGAAGAUGCAAAUAAUCCCCAGACAAUCCAUUCGCUCAGUGCAACACCAUGGCUCUUGAGGCUGGCCGAGAGUCGCCGUCGAGCUCUGGGAGAGCUUCACCCAUAACUAGAAAAUGGAGGAACCAACAAGGUUCUGAUGAGCCACCCAGCAAAGACAAAGCCUUCCGCCGUUAUGCCUCUGGAGUUGAACGGUCACUGUCGUUGUUUGACACAGCGUUACAGGAAUGGGCAGACUAUAUUUCUUUUUUGGGGAGGCUAUUAAAGUCGUUGCAAAGUCACCCGCCGACGAUAACCUCAGUCCCAUCGAAGUCGAUUGUCGCAAAACGAUUAGCUCAGUGCUUGAACCCGGCACUCCCUUCUGGUGUGCACCAAAAAGCUCUCGAAGUCUAUGCCUACAUAUUCUCGAUGAUAGGCAAGGAUGCUCUCUCAAGAGACCUUCCUCUCUAUCUGCCAGGACUCUCCUCUACACUGUCGUUUGCAUCUCUGUCGGUACGAACACCUUUCUUGGAAUUGAUGGAGAAACAUCUCUUGCAACUAGACUCCCGCGCACUUCGACCCGCUCUGAGAGCUAUUAUACUAGCUCUGCUGCCGGGCUUGGAGGAAGAAUCGAGUGAAGAGUUCGAGCGAACAUUGAGACUCCUGGACGGUUUCAAAGACUGCCUUCGAUUCCCAGAUUCCAAAGAUAUUGGAGAGAAUCACAGCAGCGGAGAUGAAUACUUCUGGCAGUGUUUCUUUCUUGCAGCAAUCACCAGUAACGGGCGUCGGUUGGGUGCUCUGGCUUACCUUGUUAGAAGUCUCCCUAUGCUGGGCCAACAUUUUUCUCUUGAUCCAGCAAGCACAACGUCCAGCAAUGCGGAAAAUGGAAGUGUUGAGGGCAGCUCUGCUCGCCUGGCGGAAAUGGUGACUUCUCCUGAGCCAGGUCUCUUACUGAGAUGCUUUGCUGCUGGUCUGGGCGAUGAACAACUUCUUAUACAACGUGGAUUCUUAGAUCUUCUUGUAACUCAUCUGCCACUACAUUCAAACGUUCUCCAAAAAAGGGUCAAGACAGAAGAUCUCGAACUUCUCAUCUCCGCAGCCGCCGGUGUCGUUUCACGCCGAGAGAUGAGUUUGAACAGGCGCCUGUGGACUUGGCUAUUGGGACCAGAGCCUGCUGCGAAUGAUCACGAAACAAGUCCCGAGUCCCCCAUUGCUGUCUCAGAAGACCAGCUUGGAACUUCGUCUACAUCCAGAACUCGCUAUUUUGAACAAUAUGGCCUGCAGGCUUUGACGAGCGCUCUCUUGAAGCUAAUCGAUCGCGACUCUAUCAAUCCUAUGGAGAGAGCUCGACCCUUCCGAAUAUGUCUCUCAUUGAUGGACAGAUGGGAGAUAGGCGGAUUGGUCGUACCAGACAUCUUCCUACCAAUUGUCAACAGCGUUCGCAGGUACAAAGACCAAGCAACCACCAAGACCGAUUUUUCUGAGGUCCUCCGAAGUGCCAGCGUCUUCUUUGAUGGCGUUGAAAGUGGUCUCAUUUGGGGAGAGAUAGUCGGUUUGGUCGUCCAUGCUCUCGGAAGAAACAAACUGUCAACCGGUGACAGGAUUGACAAGCUCUCACUGGUGAAGUUUAUCAUCACGCAUUUCAAUGUGCGGGAAGAAGAGAUGCUUUUGGUCCAUGCGCCGCUGACAACUUUGACGAUUCUGACCCUAUUCCAAAAGUCCGAAGAGAAAGAGAUUGCAGGAAACGAUGAUUUGCGGACGCCUAAUACAUUCAAGCUUGCGUUGAGUAUCGCGAUGCAUCUAUUAGAACUUAUUCCAGAGAGAGCUUUGCAGACCCGUCCAUCAACAAGUCAAUCCACUGCUACCGUACAGAAUGGAGGCCAUGCUCCAGCACACACUGAUCUUGAAAUCUUACAGAGAGUCAAAACUUUCUACAUGCAAGAUCAGGGCAACUUGGACGCCGUUUCACCUCCGUACGCUUUCGGCGAGUUAAGCGAACUCCUUUUGCGCCAAGCUGGAAGUAUUACUUGUCAGAGCUUGUCUGUCUCGGUAUCAAGUGCUGAUGCUGAAAUCAAUAGCAAGCUAUUGGUAAUGAUUCUGGCAAAGGCACCCAAGACUGACAGCUUGGAUGUGACUCAAGUUCUCUCCUCUGUGCAAAUCAGAUUGUCCUCACCAUCUCAAAUACCGUUUUCAGCCUUGACAUCGAUUGUUUCUCUCGCGACUACACUGUACUCUACUUCCUACAUAACAGACGCAGAAUUGUCGACUCUGAUAGCCCCUUUGGUCCGCCAGGCAUGGUGGUAUCUAUCAGCAGCGCAACCAAAGUACCACGUCGAGGCCGUGAGAUGUCUUUGGCAGCUGCAGAGCGCUCUCCCACAUUCAAACCACGAGAUCGAAGCGGCCAUUUGCUCCACGAUGGUCGAGAAAGAUCUCAAUGGAACUUUCGCCCUCCGAGAUGCAGAUGCAGGUCGUAGCUUUAGCGUUCUGUGGACUCAUACUCUACAAGAUAUUGUUGCACAUGCAGACCGUAGAGCAUCUCGAGCAUCAAUCAAUGAGACUAAAACUACUGGCAAGCUGUCUGGACUUGGCAAUUUUGAGGUAAUGCUCGCGAGGCCAUUAUUUCUUCUGUUAGAUGCUCUUCUAGAUGAACGCACACAGCUGUUCAUGACUGUGAGAACCUGGCUGCAAAAUCUAGUGGGAAUUGAUAAGCUCUUUCACCUAUUCGUAGUGAAACUUUCAGCCUUCCCUUUUCUUCACUCAAUACCAAAAGAUGGAGUUGAUUUCCUGGGUAUCGAUGCACCAUCCUACACUGGUGAUGAUGAUCUUGACCAGUGUUUAUAUUAUCUCAAGACGUUGUCAAAUAUACUUCGAUGGUCUUCGGAUAGCAUGUGGGCCAUUCUAGCUCGAAACAGCGUCUCCAUUGAUAGCAGUCAACAAACCCUAUACUACAUCGCUGGCAAAGAAGGAGACAUCACACUCCUGGAGUUCUUCUUGCAUGUGUGCUUAAGAGUCAUCUGUGGCAGUCAGAGUUCAGGAGACCUUGACACCAAGCCCCGCGUCAAUCAAUUUCAUCGAACUGCCCUUACUACGCUCCAUCAGAUUCUGUUGUGUCCAUAUGCCCUACCGCUUGCGAAACUUCAGCUGGAACAUGUUCUUAUAGAGAGACUGGUCAAAUCUCUUGGUGGAUCUGAUCCCUUCAAACAGGUCCUGCUCCUAGACGUCGUCUUCGACACCCUAAAGAUCAGAGACGCAGCAAAGCCUGCACCACCACCUCAAUCACCCACGGUUGAGCUGAAACGCUCUAUACUAUCUGACCCCGCACAAGUCUCUAGACUCUCUCUCACUACCGACCGCGACAGUCAAUCUGCCCUUCUACCUCCGCCGGCAUCUCUUGUGAAGUGCCUGCAAGCUGGCUUUAGUUCUUCGAGCAGCCGUCCAGUACUGGACAGCUGGGUGAGCUUCCUGGUGGAAUGCCUACCUCUGUAUUCCGACACGAUUUUCCAAAUCCUCAUACCUUUAGUCGAAACCUUCUGUUCGCAGAUUGGUAGUACUUUCAAUGAUCUGAAAAGGACAUUUGGGGAAGCCGGUACGAUUGCCCAAGGCUCUACGGCUCCAGAGUCAACUUUGAUAUCUCUACUAAAUGGACUUGAGCACGUACUGGCGAGUGGGCAUGCUCGUCUGCUACAAGACGAAGCAAAAGCACCAGUAGUGAAAAGUCCAGACCAACCCCAAGGAUUCUUUGGGAACAUGGUGUCUAACGUAUUUACAUCCGACACUCCGCAAUCAAGAAGCGCUACAGCAAAUAACCGUCUUACAGUGCUCUUGACCUUUCAAGAUGCAGUGCGAAUAUGCUUUCUAAUAUGGUCAUGGGGUAAUAGCGAAGAUACAUCUCAGGACACGGAAUCUGCUGCCUCAUUCAACUAUACUUCUCUUCGUAUGAGGAAUCGUGCACGUCGCCUUCUCGAACAUCUGUUCGCUGCGGAGGCUCUCGAGUGUCUGGAGAGUGUGGUCGAGAUCUGGAAGAAGUCAUCAAAAUCGCCCAACGAGCCAAGAUCCCCAGUCGUGUUCAACCUUCUACAUGUGCUUGAUGGCUCGAGGCCUAAACACACGAUUCCUGCCAUCUUCAAUGCUAUUUACAGCCGGACCAAUCCUACUGCAUUAGAACCUUCGCGGAAGUCAACCCUGACCUCGUCCCUCAACGACACAGACCUUGUGAUAUUUUUAGUGGAAUAUGCUCGCUCCUUAGAAGACGAUGCCAUGGACGAAAUCUGGACGGACUGCAUGACUUUCUUGAAGGACUUAUUGGCUAAUCCAUUCCCUCAUCGUCAGACUUUGCCAAGCCUACUAGAAUUCGCGGCAAUCUUGGGUGAGAAAGUUGACAAUACGAAUUUUGGCGAGCAGCGCAGGAUGAGAAGAGAGCUUGGUGACUUGUUCCUCCGACUUCUAACGGCCAUAUUCACAACGAGGCCUAUGGGAUUCUCAGAAAGCGUCGAUAACGACGUCUCAAGACCGGACGACGUUGUUGGUAUCCUCGCUUCCAUCGCGCCAGAUUUACCUAAAAUUCUACUCGAACCUGAUCGUAUUCUCACUGCAGCCAACACAAUAUCGACAAACGUUAUUGUGCCGACUUUCAAGUCCAAGACCUUCCCAGACAAUGUCUCCCAGAGUACCUUGGUCCUUCUUUACCAAUUAGCUAGGCUACCAAAUGCCCAGAAGUCAUGGAAGAAAGACUUAGGCGACGCCUUCAAUGAUACGAGAUUCUUUGCGAACUCAGUAGCACUUGUUGAGAGUGAUUGGCUCCCUUUGAUAAGACAAUGGGCUUUGAGCGACAAGGAGCGAAUGCCUGAGCUUCUUUCUCGUUUGGUUGCUCCCACGACAGCGGGCAUAGUCUUUGGUGUAGGUGCUACCUCAGCAAGACUUGAAGCAGAUCGCAAAACACAACUCAACCUUCGUCGUAUUGCAACACUCAUACUGGCCACAAUCCACGACAAUUUUGUGACGGAUCUGCCCGCAAUGCAAGAAAAGAUUGUCGAGCUCCUGCUGGCUACUACGACUUCGUCACCAUCAUCUACGACAAGAGCUGAUAUUUACCUCCUGUUGAGAGCACUUGUUCUCAAGACAUCAGCAAUUCACCUAGCGACUCUUUGGCCAAUUGUCAACGCCGAACUGAACGCAGUCAUCUCGUCAGUGGUUGCUGCUGAUCACAGUGCUGCUGCCGAAACUUACAAUAACCAUACAAUCCUUCAAGCAUGUAAAUUGCUUGAUACACUGCUUUGCAUCGCACCCGACGACUUUCAAUUGCACGAAUGGCUGUUCAUUUCCGAUACUAUUGACGCAGUCUACCGACCACCUCAGUUCCAACCUGUCGCCUUGAUCGAUGAACUCUCAGAGGAGCUUGGUUCGACUGCUUUAACUUCUGCGGUUCACACCGAAUUUUCCGCUAUGCAAGCUUCGAAUGGUUCUUCGCGCAAACCACUGAUCGGACCCGGUGGUAUCGGCGACGAAGGGAAUUGGGAACGAAAGGAUGAGCUGGUGGCGAAGGUGCUGAGACCAUUCUUCAGCCAGCUGAGCAUUUUUGCAUUUGAAACCACCUACUCGAUGAGUGCUCCCGAUCUCGAGGCAUGCAGGGCUAGCCUGCUAAAAGAUUUAUUUGAUGAGCGGAGCAUUGUUAAGGCGUUGUAGACGGAAAAUAGUGCUUGUCAUAAAUACAUCAAUGAAACUCACGGCGAAAAUUCGUUGAUCAUCUUGAAGCUUCCACAUCUUCUGAAUAGAUCCCGCAGCCAGUCUAAUCUUUCUUGUCUUUAUCAAUUGAAUUCAU